UUCUAGCGAUGAAGAGCUAAAAAAAUCCAUGGUCAAAAACAGAAAUUAUUUUUUUCGGACUCUAAGCACUGGAUUAACACACUCRACAAAAGAAAUUCAUUUUUAGCGUAUUGCGUUGAAAGUCUACAUCGGUUUUUGUAAAAUAGUUUUUUAGAUAAAUGUUUUGAGAUACUGAAUUGUGGCUUUUGAAAUUCAAAUUACGUAUGGUCGAGCUUUGUAGUCAAUAUUACUGAAUUGCUAAGGAUUGUGAGGUAGUUCGUCUGGUGGCAGCGCAASGGAGAUUAUCAAUARCCGAAAUCUUGUGGAAUUUCUUCACCAAAAAUCCUCGUAAUGUCAGCGAAUGAGAUUUCUGUUCCUCAAGACCAGUCCACAAGGCGYAGUUUCGACGAUGCGCAGAGUAGGUUCAAGUGUAGGAAGGUGUUGGGUAUCGGUGGCAAGGAACCAUCUAAGGUUUUACAAGUACUCGGCAGACACGAGUCGUAUUUACUAGUGAUACCAAGGGGAUAUGAAACUUGGCAGACUGUCAUUGGAUCCACRUUAUUUCUUUUUGGUGUUGUGUGGUUAGUUUUUCCUGGUGUGUGGCUAUCUUUAGUUGGAUCGCAGACAGAUCCUGUCAUUGGAAACAUGUCUUGUCGUAUUAUCGCUGGUGCACUGUUCGGAAUUGUUGCGAUUACGUGGUAUACUGAACCUUCUUCUAUGCAAUCACUUAGGAAUAUCCUCAUGUUACAAUACAUCUACAAUGGCGUAGCAACGUUCUCCAUGACAUGGGCGUUUAUGACCAACAAGUCCAAGAUUCUUCUGUGCUUGGCCAUUAUCCAUGGUUUUCUUACAAUAGGAAGUGUUUUCUACUACUUUGCGUUCAGAGAAAUGAACAAACCAACACCUGAUAAACCUUAUAGUAAAAGUAUGGAUGAUAAGAAUCACAUAGACUAAAUCAACCAAUCACCGACUUACUUCUAUAGACCUUUAGUGGGUGAAUGUURAGGCAARRAAGACGGCUUUGUGGUUUUUGAUGUUGAUUAGUGACUAAAGACAGUCGUUAAUGUUGUUUAAAUGUUGUUUAUUGAUAUGGUUAUGAUAAUUGUCACGUGAUUAUGCAUGAUGAUUAUGAUGACGCUGUUGAUGRUGAUGAUUUCAGUGRCCUGACUUUUACAUCAAGUGCUUAUACUGUGAAACUGUUUUACUGUACAAWUUCUUCUAGCGUCAUGCAUUUGAGCAUUCUAUUGUAUCAAAAUUUACGUACUUUUGCGCAACGUACUCACGCGUGAGGGACUGUUUUGCGUGACAUGAUCUUUUGCGUGACAUAAUCUUUUGCGUGACAUGAUCUUUUGCGUGACUAAAUUGGCAAUACAAUGCAUUUUGCAUUGUUGACCAUGUAGUGUGGUUUCACAGUACUAUCUAAACCUUAGCGUAACAAGACUUUUAGUGUGACUUGUAGUGAGUAAUGCGUGAUUUAUUGAGUCAUUGCGUUACCCAACCAAUGCAGUAUUGUGUGACAUCAUGUAAGGUGUAGUGCUACUAGCAGGAUCAUCUCAUUCUCACUUAAUUUCGCGAGUGCAACAUUUCGCGAUGUUUAAGAUUUUGAAAGUCAGUGAAGUUAUCAAUGAAGUAUCUGUACAUAAGAUAGUGUAAUAGUGAUUUAAAAAGAGUUUUUUUUGUCAAAGGUAUUACGCAAUGCCUGUGAUUUUUGUUACGUAUUGCUAUUUACWUUCGACAACUUCGUUUGAAAGAGAUGCAUACAUACAAUUUCCUUAAAACAUGAUGAUUUCUUCAUGAUCGUCCAGGGCUGUAGCCACAGUUGGUACGGUUUUCUGGGAUAGCAUUUACCAGGAAGAGAUGGUCUUGUGGUCAAUAUUGGUCAGGUUGUGGCUAUGACCCCGCCGUCCUUUCCUUGUCAAUAUCCUGAACUUGAUACCGAAGUAAUGCUUUAAGAAUUUCUUUCCCAGUAAUGCAUUUCGGGUUUGAAGAUCUCAGGUUUUAAGCAAAAUUUGACUUACGGUUCUACUUUUAGGUAAACUUUAUGAAACAUCACUUAGUCUUAGAGUGAGCUCCUAGUAUACGAACACCUUUAUAAGGUGCGACCACAUAAUGAGGAGAUCUGUAAAGAAAUCAGUGGAACAUUUACAGGAAAAUGAGUGAGUGAGUGAAAAUGAGUGAGUGAGUGACAGAUCUGCCGUUUUUAAAAACUCAUUGAUUGCGAAAGCAAUCUCCGAGUUAAAUUUAUAAUUCUUAUGCAUUCUUUAGAACUGAAUAUGUACCCUCUGUAUUUCGAACACCUUCAUAUUCCGUACGCUGGUGAUCGUUUGUCAGACAUACAGAGUUUCCAAUGUAGUCAUUAUCGUAGCUUAAUAACGUAAUAAUGUUUAGAGCCCGGUUCUUUCGAGAKGUCAUUGCCGGCUCGCGCGGAGCGAGUUUUAUUCUUUUCCAUAUUGUGAACCAGUGCGAUCAACGAUAUUUUUUUGUGCUGGAGAUCUUAAAGUUUGCGUAAAGUAGAACUGCAUAUUAAUAAUAUAUAAUAUGUGAAUAUUAUGAACGAUCAAUUGUAAAUUAUAUAUUAAGAUGAUAGAUGUCAUAUAUCUUAUUAAAGUUAUAUUGAAUUGAUCAAAA